AUGUCGCCUAGUGGCCACGAUGCGAAUUUCAAGUACUUUGGUUUACUAUUACUCACUCUACAACAAGCCAGUAUGCCGCUAAUGGCAAGAUACUCAAGAGCCCGAGAGGACUCCAAGGUGUUCCUGACGACUGUGAACGUGUUCACAAUGGAAAUAAUCAAGGUUGUUGUGUGCUCAUCGAUCAUCAUCUACUCAAACGGAUCAAUUUUCAAGUACAUCAACGAGCUCAAAACGAGCAUUGUUGACAAUAAAUCCGAGACGCUCAAGGUAUGCGUUCCAGCGCUCAUCUACACCCUACAAAACAAUUUGUAUUAUAUCGCGUUGUCGCAUUUGGAGGCCACCACGUUUUGUAUCACAUAUCAAAUGAAAAUCUUCACCACCGCCAUUUUCAUGUACAUGUUUCUCGGCAAGAAGCUCUCCAGCAAACAGUGGAUCGCGUUGUGCCUUCUCGUUCUCGGCGUCGCCGACAUUCAAAUCAUCUAUUCGCCGCCGCCAGCCAGCGAGAACAUCCACCAGAAUCCGAUGUUGGGUUUGAUAUCGGUGCUCACGAUGUGCUUCACCUCAGCGUUCGCAGGCGUUUACCUGGAAAAGGUGCUGAAGACGAGCUCGGCGUCGAUUUGGAUGCAGAACAUUCGACUCGCUCUCAUCGGUCUGCCAAUUUCCUUCUUCACCAUGUGGUAUUACGACUGGGAAAAGAUCAAUGAAGAGGGCGCUUUUCGCGGAUGGGAUAUUGUCGUCGUUUGUCUUACCGUCACCAAUUCGAUCGGCGGAAUUCUGAUAUCGGUCGUUAUCAAAUAUGCCGAUAAUAUUCUCAAGGCUUAUGCUCAGAGCAUGGCAAUCGUUGGCGCCGCCAUCGGAUCGUGGCUGCUUUUCGAUUUCACGCCCGGCUUUCUGUUCGUGUUCGGAACCGCGCUUGUCAUCGUUUCGAUCAUCGUUUACACAGCGUUCCCCUAUCGGCAAGAAGAUUCGCCGUUGGCUUCAUACAGCGUUGCCAUUCCUACGGAUAUGUCGUCGUCUUCGUCUACAACAACUACCGUCAAUAUUCCAACCGAGAUUUGGGAGAAGAUCACCUACGAGCUUGUCGAUCACCCAACCAGCCUUUGCCUGCUCUCGAAGACGUCGACGAAACUUCGCGACCUCAUCGGAUUCGUCGUUGGACAUUAUGAGGCUCAUUUGCACAUCACGUUUCCUCAAGAAUCAUGCUGCACCACGGAGAGCAUCUCCUCAAACAAAGUUGAGUUUGAGAUGAUCCUAAAUCGAAAGGCGAAAUUCCGAAUUGGAAAAGCUCAUUGCCAUUCGCAUUUCUCAUGCGACUCGAAAAAAUUGGAUUUGGCCCUUCAGGAUUUGAUGAGCGUCUUCAGCGAUGAGCUCAUUUCAAUGCGAUUCAACAAUUUUAAGAAAGACACGAAUGUCUUCACGAUUUUCAACCAAUUCGACCUUCCAAAGGUCGACAAUCUUUGUUUUGAUGGCGCGCUUUCCUGCACGAACGGCGUCUAUGAUUUGCUGCAAUCGUGCCGAAACCUCAAGCGUCUUGCCAUCAGCAAUCCAGCGUACGAUACGGAUUUCUCAAAAUUCUGGCCGCUUCUCAAAGGCUCGAAAAUCGAUAGCCUCGACAUGAUGGAUGUGGUCAACUUCAAUCAUUCGGUGAAAAAGGAGUUUGGUUUUCCCAAAUCGAUUACUCAACUAUUCUUCUGCCCGAAAAAAGAUGUGCCGUGUCAAAACGUCGAAAAUCUCGCGCUUCUUUUGCUUUCGGCGAGUCUCAAGCGCGUCUACAUUCAUUCGGAUCUGGUGGUGGACGCCAUCACCAAGCAUCUCUAUAAGGAUUUGAAGACGGUUCGCGAGUUCUGCUUCUCGUCGUCGAAUUUCGCGUUGAACACCGUCGUCGAUUUUAUGAAGAAGUGCCCGAAUGUGGGAAUGUUUAAUUGGUAUGGCCUUCAUUCAUGCGUUGCUCCGAUUGUGAUCGCGCGAUUCCUCACCGACAUCCCGCGGCCGAUCAUCUUCGGUGGAUGCGUCGCGUGCAAAACCGGGCAAACUGUCGGCGAAGGCGGCUUCAUGGAAGUCGGCCAGCGCGUCGGCGCCGUUCAGAUCACUCGCCUUCUUCAGCAGCCUGCCUUCAACGAAUCCUACGGAAAUUCGCUGUGCGACGCCGUGCUCUUCGAGAUGCCGUUCGCCACCGCCGCCGUCAUGGUUCGCAUUUAUAUGUCGCUUUCACUGGUGUCGAAACUAAAUGUAGGCGGUGUUGCUCACAGUUUCAAGCGUUGCCUAUCAACAAAAUGCUACACGCCGCUUCUCAGACAAUCCCCUAACCGCAAUAUUUCACGUGUCCGAUUCGUUCGAGAGAUUUCGUCUGCUAAUCCGCUGCCGAAAAUGUCUCACAAUGGCAAGAAUAUCGUUCUAAAUCGUUAUGACAUCAUCAAUAAGCCAGCGAAUGACGCGAGAGAGUAUCGUGGUCUGGAAUUGACGAAUGGUUUGCGCGUCUUGCUCGUUUCCGAUCCUACCACGGACAAGUCGGCAGCUGCGCUUGACGUCAACGUCGGUCAUCUAAUGGAUCCGUGGGAGCUUCCAGGUCUUGCUCAUUUCUGCGAGCACAUGCUCUUCUUGGGAACAGCAAAGUAUCCAUCGGAAAAUGAGUAUUCCAAGUUUCUCUCCGCUCACGCAGGAAGCUCCAACGCCUAUACCGCUUCGGACCACACCAAUUAUCAUUUUGACGUGAAGCCCGAACAAUUGCCGGGUGCUCUUGAUCGAUUUGUGCAAUUCUUCCUGGCUCCGCAAUUCACAGAAAGCGCCACCGAGCGCGAGGUGUGCGCUGUCGACUCCGAGCACUCCAACAAUCUCAACAACGACAGUUGGCGGACCAUGCAAGUCGAUCGAUCGCUUUCGAAGCCAGGCCAUGACAAUGGCAAAUUUGGAACUGGCAACAAGAAGACCCUUUGGGAAGACGCAAAACUGAAAGGCAUUGAGCCGAGAGAAGCGCUUUUGAAAUUCCAUCAGCAAUGGUACAGCUCGAAUAUAAUGACUCUUUGCGUUAUUGGAAAAGAGUCAUUGGAUGAACUUGAGGAAUAUCUGGGAACGUUGGAGUUUGACGCAAUUCAGAAUAAGAACUUGGAGCGGAAGGAAUGGUUGGAAUCGCCUUAUGGUCCCGAAGAGCUGGGAAGGCGGGUUGAGGUGGUCCCGAUCAAGGAUAAUCGUUACCUGAAUAUAGCGUUUCCGUUUCCGGAUAUGAGAGCAGGCUACAAAUCACAACCGGAGCAUUAUAUAUCUCAUCUUCUUGGCCAUGAGGGUCCCGGAUCGCUUCUAUCGGAAUUGAAGCGUCGAGGUUGGGUGAGCUCGCUGUCUUGUGGAUACCACACCAGCGCCAGAGGGUACGGAGUUUUUGAGAUCAGCGUUGACCUUAGUCCUGAGGGCCUUGAACACACCGAAGAGAUUAUUGAGCUUGCUUUCAACUACAUCGGAAUGCUGGAACGCGUUGGACCGCAGAAAUGGGUGCAGGACGAGCUUGCCGAGCUCGGCGCGAUGAAGUUCCGAUUCAAAGACAAGGAGAAUCCGAUCACGAUGGCGACGACGGUGGCUGCCGAUCUUCAGCACACACCAUUUGAGGAUAUUCUUUCGUACAAGUACCUCAUGACUGAGUAUGAUCCAGAUCGAAUCAUGGAAUCGCUGAAACGAUUGAGUCCGGAUAACAUGCAAUAUCGUGUGGUUGCCAAGAAGUUUGCCGGACAGGAGGGAAAUACGAAGGAGCCGGUUUACGGAACUGAGAUUCGCGUUGUCAAGAUUCCCAAUGGCACGAUCGAUCGAUUCCGAAAAGCGCGCGUGACGGCUCAUCCGGCAUUGCAUAUGCCGGAGAAGAACGAGUAUAUUCCGACGAAGUUCGAUUUGAAGCCGAGAGAAGCAAUCAAGAGCGAGGUUCCCCGAAUGAUCAGUGAGAACGGAUGGUGUCGAGUGUGGUUCAAGCAGGAUGAUGAGUUCAAGAUGCCGAAAACUGAGACGAAACUCGCUCUCACCACUCCAGUCGUUUCGCAGGAUCCACGAAAAGCCGUACUAUCGAGCCUUUGGUUGUGGUGCCUCAGUGAUACUCUUGCUGAGGAGACCUACAAUGCUGAUCUUGCCGGUUUGAAAUGCCAACUUGACGCCGGUCCAUUCGGUGUUCAGAUGAAAGUAAGACGACGUGAAGUGGAUGAGCGUGUUGCUUCAAUAACCCUGCAUGUUUCCGGGUAUGAUGAGAAGCAGGCGCUUUUUGUGAAGCAUCUCGUGAAUCGGAUGACAAACUUCCAAAUUGACUCAACGCGAUUCCAUGUGCUGUUUGAAUCCCUUCGACGAGCACUAUCGAACUUCUCGCAUUCUCAACCGUAUUCACUCACUCAACAUUUUGCGACGCUUUUGCUCUCGGACAAGGCUUGGAGCAAAGAGCAACUGUUGGAAGUGUGCGCAGAUGUGAAUCAGAGGGAUGUUGAAGAAUUCUCGAAGGAAAUGCUCAAGGCGUUCCAUGUCGAGCUUUUUGUUCACGGAAACUCAACAGAAAAGGAAGCGUUGGAAUUGGGAAGUGAUGUGACGAAUAUUUUGAAGAAUGCCACAAAGAAUAGCCGUCCGCUUUAUUGGAAUGAAUACACGCCGAGAAGGGAAUGCGCGUUGAAUAAUGGCGAUGAGCUUGUUUAUAGGCAUUACCAGAAUACGCAUGAAGUUUCCUGUGUGGAAGUUAUCUAUCAGAUUGGAGUGCAGAACACUUUUGACAAUGCCGUCGCCGGACUCUUUGAGUUCAUUGUUCGCGAGCCGGCGUUCAACACUUUGCGAACGAAUGAGGCACUUGGAUACAUUGUUUGGGCUGGAAAUCGCAUCACUUCUGGAACACUCUCAUUCACGCUUCUUGUUCAAGGUCCGAAGAGCGCUGAUCACGUGUUGGAACGAGUUGAAGCGUUUGUGCAAAAGACGAGGAACGACAUUCAAAACAUGCCCGAUGAGGAAUUCGCGCAGCAAGUCGCUGGAAUGAUUGCGCAAUUGAAGGAGAAGCCGAAGACGCUUAAAGCUCGAUUCCGGCGAUUCUGGCAGGAGAUUGAGAAUCGCCUCUACGAUUUUGAUCGAAGAAACGAGGAGAUUGCGAUACUCGAGAAGAUCAAAAAGGAGGAUGUUCUCGCGCUAUUCGACAAGAAAUUCGGCAAAGAUGCCGCCGAACGAAAACGAUUGGCCGUCAUUGUGCACGGCAAAAACGAGACGCCCGAAAAAGUUGCCGAGAUUAUCAAGAGUAGACCGGCUGAUAGCAAACAAAAGGAAAUUGAGCAUUCCGAGGAAUUGCGACAGACUUUGCCAUUCUAUGGCCGACCCAAGCCGAAAAUCAACCUCAAGCCGAUUGGUGUUGAUCCGUUGAAGAAGUCGGACAACGAGGUGAAGUCGAAUCUCUAA